AUGAAAAGUCUUUGUCAAUCAUCAGAUAUUUCAACAGUGGAUCAAAUUACGGUUGAUUCUCCACAUUUCAUGACUGUCGUCAAUAACAUUAUGACAUGCAUGGUCACAGAGUAUGUCACUUGCUGGAAAGAUAUGAACGGAAGAUCUCCUGGAAAAACAUGUCGAGAAAGUAUAUAUUUCAUAAAGCAAACGAGGAAACAUCCAUGGAACACCCUUCCUUACAAUGCAAAAGGGGGUGGAUGUGGUGGAUCCAUGAGAGCCAUGAGUAUAGGUUUACGAUUUAUGAAUCAUUUGGAUUUGCUAAUUGCCAUUGCCAUAGAGAGUGGAAGAUUAACUCAUAACCAUAGUGUUGGAUUCAUGGGAGCGUUAUUGAGUGCAUUAUUCACCUCAUUUGCUAUCAAGAAAAUUAAUCCAAAACUUUGGGGAUACUUGUUCAUGAAUCAAAUUCUUCCAAAAUGUAAAUAUUACUUGAAGGAAAUUUCUAAAAGAGAUUGGAAAGUCAUUAGUGAGGAUUUGAAAUCAUUCGAAGACAAGUUCAUAAAGUAUUUAAAGGAGAGGGGUAUUGCAGAGUUCUCCGAGAAUGCUGCUUUGAAAGGAAAUUCAAAUUCUUCUGAACUUGAUAACCAUGCCAUGCAAUUUCCUUCCAAGUAUGGAGUCAAAGAAAGAGAUGCCUUUUAUAAAUCCUAUUCACAUUCUGGAUGGGCAGGAAGUUCGGGUGAUGAUUCAAUUAUUGUAGCCUAUGAUGCUUUACUAUCAUCCAUUGAAUUCUCGAAAAAGAACUCUUCAUCCAUUUACGAACAAGUACUAUUGAGAGGCGCUCUUCACGGUGGUGAUUCUGAUACCACAGGAGCUAUUUCAAUGAGUUGGUAUGGAGCGUUGUAUGGCUUCAAGACGGAAGAACAAGCGUUGAAACAAUUCAAGCUACAUUAUGAACAUGUUGAGAAAAGAAAAGAAUUGUUGCAUUACUCGACGUGUCUCUACUCUGUGUCAUGUUCAAAGGGUUAUUGA